GCAUAAGAUUCUUCUUCUUCCUCCUCUUCGAUUUUCUAGGUUAACCAGAGACGACAGCGAGGGAUCUAGAGAGAGAUGAGGUUGAUAACGCACAACAUGCUCUCCUGCAACAUCAAAGGAGUCAAGAACGGCUUUCCUCUAAAGAUCGAAGCGGAGAAAGUGAUCGAGAAGGAAGUCGAUUUCAACCCUGAUUUUCUGAGGCACAUGUUCGCCAAGAUCGAGUGGAAGGCUCUCGUGGAAGCUGCCCGUUCCAUGGGAUACGCCGAGCUACCGGAGGAUUCUCCAGACGCGACGGUGAUCGAAUCCGCCGACGAGACGUUCCUGAGGAAACUCCACCACGCGUUGCUCGAGCUUCACCUAGAGGAAGGCGCGCUUGUCUGCCCCGAGACUGGAAGGAAGUUUCCAGUCAACAAGGGUAUCCCCAACAUGCUUCUCCACGAAGACGAGUUUGAAACGAAUGGUGGUUAGGUUAAACAAACGGUCUGCAUUGAUCUUCGCAAAGGAAACGAACCAACCAGAAUCCGGAGUCCAAAAGACAGAGUGUUGAUGCAAGAUGUCUGCAUUGAUCUUUCAUUACAAGUCCCCUGAAGUAGCCAAAUGUUGCUGUCAUGCUGGGUUUCUACAAUUUGACAACUAUAUAUUUCACCUGUUCAUGUGUUCUGAGGUUGACUUCAUAUUUCUAGUUUUCAGAAGGCUCCCCCUCAAAUUCCUAUGCAUUUGAUUGAGGUC